AUGGAAACUUCUGUUCAAAUUAUUAAAUUGGAAGAAAUCGAAAAUGGAAAUAUAAAACCCUCCGUUGUUGCUGUCCAGGCAAACGGCAACUUGGGAGUCGCCCAGGCUGUGACACUGGUAGCAGAGUUUGUUGCUGCUGAGGUGAAGCAAAAGUACAACCAAGAUGUUCCGAGGCAUUCAAAGAAGGCCGCCAGACUCCUUGCUUCCUGCGGGCGCGCUGUGACGCACUUGAGCGGUUUGACAGAGUCUUCUGUUGAUGUCGAGGGUUUUUUAAAUGAUGAAAAUGAUUUGCACUUCAACUUCAGCAGGAGCCAGUUCGAGGACAUUUGCAAACCCCUCAAGGAGUCGCUGCUGUCGCUAGUUGCUGCUGCGCUGGAGGAAGCUGGCGUUGCUGCUGCUGCUGUUGCUGCAGCAGAUGUCGUGGGCGGGGGCGCGCGGAUCCCGUGGGUAGCAGCAGCAAUAGAAGCUGCCUUCGCGGACCCCCAGCAGCAGCAGCAGCAGCAGCAGCAGCAGCAGCAGCAGCAGCAGCAGCAGCAGCAGCAGCGCAGCAAGCUGCGCCGCACCCUCGACGGCGGCAGCUCCGUGGCCAUCGGAGCAGCAACUUUUGCUGCAGGUCUUUCCUUCGUUGCUGCUGUCGACACCAAACCCCUCAAAGAAGCCAUUCCCCAGCAGCUCCUCCACGUAAGCCAGCUAGCUAGCUAG